AUGCUAAAGCAUCUCAAUGGGAUUCAGAAUCAUAAAGGAAGACCCAAAAGACACUGCUGUCAUGAUUGCAAGAAAGUCUUCACCACUUCAGCAAACCUGAAGAGGCAUAAGAAAACUCACUCUGGUGAUAAACCGUACGGAUGUGAUCAGUGUGGAGCGGCUUUUGCCCAGAAAGAUAACCUAAAGCGACACCAGCUCAUUCACUCUGGGGAAAAGCCUCACAGCUGUGAUGAGUGUGGAGCGGCUUUUGCCCGGAAAGGUACUUUGGCGAUUCACCAACGUAUUCACACUGGAGACAAGCCUUACAGAUGUGAAGAGUGUGGAGCGGCUUUUACCCAACAGAGUUCUCUAACGAGUCACCAACUUAUUCACUCUGGAGAAAAACCUUACAGCUGUGAAGAGUGUGGAGCGGCUUUUGCCCGACAAGGUAACCUAAAACAACACCAGCUUAUUCACACCGGAGACAAGCCGUACAGAUGUGAGCAGUGUGGAGCGGCUUUUGCCCACCAAAGUCACCUAAAACAACACCAGCUUAUUCACACCGGAGACAAACCUUACAGAUGUGAGCAGUGUGGAUCAGCUUUUACCACAUCAGGUCGUCUAACGAGUCACCAACAUAUUCACACUGGAGAAAAGCCUUACAGAUGUGAUCAGUGUGGAGCGGCUUUUGCCCACCAAAGAACCCUAAAACAACACCAGCUUAUUCACACCGGAGACAAACCUUACAGAUGUGAGCAGUGUAGAUCAGGUUUUACCACAUCAAGUAAUCUCACAAGACACCAACGUAUUCACACUUGA